AUGGGCGACCGUGGGAGUCACCGCCACUACCGACGCAAGGACGAAGACGGCGGCACUAGCGGCGCAGCGGCCCCCAAGAGUGCGCUGCAGCUUGAGGCGGAGGCGCUCGCGCGCAUCGGCGAGGCUGUGGCGUCGCGCCUCGAGGCAGCGCUGGUGUCCGAGGCGUUCAAGGAGCGCGUGGCUGGGCGGCUCAAGGAGGAGCGCGCACGGCUAGAGGCGGCAAUGCUUGAGCAGCUGGAGGUGGAGCGUGCCGUGCUGCUGGAGCGCAAGCGCGCGGCCCGCGAGGCGGCGCUGAAGGCACAGGAGGACCUGGACCGCUUGCUGGAGGAAAACAGGCGCGCCCUGGGAGGGGGAAAGGCUGCUCCGCUAGGCGCAUGGGAUGGGGCCGCCAGGCAGAGACAGAUGACACAUAAAAUGCCCAUGCAGCUCGCUACCGUUUAG